ACACACGGGGAGGAGCAGCCAACAGCCAGGGAGUGGGACGAGAUUGGGCACUUCAUCAAGGCUUUUUGGACUCCAUGCCCAGGACACAUGGGGGAGGGGGGGAAGACGGGGCGCAGAGUGGAUUUUAACAUGCCCAGGCUCAGCUUCGCAGCGCAUACACCAGCGGAGGUUGUGCCCACGGCUAGCCAAAGUCAGGAAAUGUUGGUGAACUGAAUCACACCCCCCAAUAUAUAAUAAUCAGAGAGCAGGCAGCGCAGAGUGCCUGGGAAGAAAAUGUCUGACUUACCCGCUGAGCCGCCGGCCGCGAUCUGCUGAGAAGCUUCCUGCAAAAAGCUGCCCGGCUUCCUGGACAUCUUCACCUGCGCUGGGAAAGCAGCAGAGCGAUGCGGUAAAUCGAUCCCCAAAUCGACACCAGUACUCCAGCUUGGCAGGAGGAGUAAGCGGAGUCAACGGGGGAGCCGCAGCAGUCGACUUGCCACCGUGAGGACGGCCAGCUCUGCAAUCUUGGAGCAAAAACCAGAGUGAGUGCCAGAUCAAACAAGUUCAGAAGUACAAAUGGAGGACUGGUCAAAAGAAAUCUGUAAUCUGGAACAGCAAAGAGAAGACUUUUGUCCGAAAUUUCAGCUUUGUCCAAGUUCUUCAAGAAGCCUACAACCACAACAUGAAUUGGUCAUCCAAGGCAAUGCUGAAGCAAUGAACCUGUCAGAUUUGCCAACAGCUACCUCACUCAGCAUUCAGAGUGCUAGCACCCAGAAUGUGUGUCUAGAUAGUGUUAUUGCCCCUUGUACUGCUGAAGAAUCAAGUAUUACAGAAAAACACGGUAGAAUGCUCUCUGACUUUAUAGCUUCUUGGAAGAAGACUGGAGACCUAGAUAAAGAGACGAAUAUCACAUUCCUUUUGAAAGAAUUGGAUGCUGUAAGGGCAAAGAAUAAAAAGCUUCAGGAUAAGCUGUCUGAAAAAGACAAGGAGCUGAAGACAAUAAAGCUGGACUUAGAACUGCAAGAGAGAGCUACAGAAGCUAGGAUUGCGGAAAAGACUGCAGCACUCGUGGAAGAAGUUUAUACUGCUCAGCGAGAACGUGAUGAAGCUGUCAUGGCUAGACUUAGGUUAGCCAAUGAAGAACGAGAUGAAGCACUUCUUCGAGCCAAGCAUUUGGAGCAGUCUCUUAAAGGGCUAGAAAAUAUUAACCCUGAAGAAAAUGACAUGACAUUACAGGAAUUACUGAACAGAAUAAACAAUGCAGACACAGGGAUAGCUAUACAGAAGAAUGGAGCUAUAAUUGUGGAUCGAAUACACAGGACCAAGGAGCGUAGAAAGAAUAUAACAGCUGAGGAAAUGAAUGCAGUGAUAGAAGAACGGGAUGCUGCUUUGUCUCAAUGCAAACGGCUGGAGCAGGAGCUUCAUCAUCUGAAAGAGCAGAACCAGACUUCAGCAAACAACACGAGACAUCUGACUGCUGAAAACAAUCAAGAACGUGCUCUGAAGGCAAAGUUGCUAGUUAUACAACAAGAGAGAGAGACUGCUGUUCAACAGAAUAAAAAACUAGAAGAAGAAAUUCAGACGCUACGUGUUUAUUACAGUUUACACAAAUCUCUGUCCCAAGAAGUGAGUCUUAAGGAUCAGUUUAACUGUACUCUUAGUACAUAUGAAGAUGCGCUGAAAAGCAGCGAGGAUAUUGUAACCAUCACCCAUCGCCAAAAUGAGCAGCUAGCUACCCAACUGCAGCAAGCCCUAACAGAGCGAAUAAACAUGGAAUUAAAGCUUCAGCAAGCUCUGGAAGCUUCACAGGAGGCCAACGAAAAAGUUCAAACGUUGGAAAGGCUGGUGGACGUCCUGAGGAAGAAGGUUGGAGCAGGGACCAUUAGGACUGUGAUCUGAUUGAAAGCUCCAGCCUAGGGAAGUAUUCACAUCUGGUGACCAGGCUGCAUCAUUCAGCACUGUAUAAACACUAAAGCCUUAACUUAGCAAACAGUUGUUAGAAGUGGGACACUCCAAUGACAUUCCAGACUGAGAUAAAAUCAAAUCAUAAAUGUUUAACCACUUUGCCGCUGAGUUGUGUUAUUUGUCAAACUGUAUCUCUGCAAACAUGUAUUUGCUUUAAGCAGCUGUAUUGUGGUAUGGUCAGUGAGUAUUGUGGAAAUCAUUUGUGUGUUGUUUUAACAAUAGUCUCUUCGCACAGUUAACAUUGUCAGAUUGUAGUGUGCUGCACGGCAUAGCCCGGCCAUGUCACAUAUGGCCUGCUUCAGGGGCGAGUCCUGCAAAGUGUAAAACUACUAUACUAUGUAUCAAUCUGCAAACAACUGAAUAUUUUAAUGUUGAAUGUAUUUCUUGAUUGAUAAUAGAGGUUCAGAUUCAGUGUUCUAUGUUAAUAUCAUGCAGAUGUUUUCCUUCUAAUGCACACUCAUAAUCCCUCUGUAUUGUAAUUGUUAAUUAGAAUUAUGUACAUGCAUAUGGGGAAGGUAGACACAUGGCUUUAAAAAGAAUUUCUAUAGCUAGCAUAGAAUCCUAGUCCAGAUCCAUUUCAGCUCCUUAUAAACAUAUAUGUACAGUUAGAUUUCACUAAAAGAGUAGAUUCAUUAAUUUGUAAAAAUGUAGUUACAUUGAUCAGUAUUGAAGCUGUAGAGACGAUUAUUCUGAUUGUUAUAUGUCACUCUUCCUCCCUCUCCUAUGAAAAAAAUCUCUGCGGGGUUAAUACUCUACCUUGCUGGGGCAAAGGAACUGCCAUUCACCUCCACUGUUUAAGGCACAGCCUCACCUCUUCUAUAUCAAUCUUCUUGCCUCCUCCUUUGAAAUGGAAGCACUGAACAUUCUGCUCAGCCCCCCUCGUCUGGCUUUUGUGUGUUUCUGCUGUCGUCUCUCUUUAGUGAUUGCUUUUAUAGAUGCAAUGAAAGAAGAGAAUAGAAGAAUGAAGGAAAGAAAUCUGCAAUAUGCCAUUUAAUGUGGAGAAUCAGACUCAGGGUCCGUCUUUCUGGUCAGACAUUCGGCAUUCUUUGUCUGCAGACCUAGGCUCCUUUUGGUUUCAGUCCUCCAACUAGUCCACUUGCAGGGGAAGGUAGGUUUACCUCCAGUGCAUAGUACUUGUUAUGCCCCAGGAGACUCUGUGAGUGAUUCCUAACCACCCACUCUGCCCCAAGUCAGAUUGUGAUUAUUGCUUCUGAACCUCCAUAGUCUUUAAACCACGGAUGACCCUUUCAUGCUUCCAGACCUGGGAACUGGUAAAACCCUAGAGGAACCUAUGACUGCUGCACCAGGCCCUACUUCUUCUUGUGCUCAAAGUGAGCCUGUAAUUACUGUCUCAAGGAUGCUGCUCUCACUAGAUUGGAAGCAACUACUGCCCUAUUCUAAUAUCCUUACUGAACCCCCAGUGGUGUACUGAGUGGCAUGCCACAUGCUAUGGACACCCUUGUGCCAAUUCCGCUUGAGGGAAAUGGCCAAAUAAGGAAGGAAGAAGUUGUUGUCCAUGCUUCAGUGACCUAGCUGUCACUUUCACAUUUAUCUAGGUGUAUCUAGAAUUUUCCCCUUGAUUCACUCUUAAGAGUAGGGCUUCUAAUUUUCAGUUUUUAGUGGUACAGCGCUCUUAGUACAAAAAAUGAAACUGGUGUUUAUCCAAUGAACACUGGAAAUGGUUACUUGUAUCUAAGGAUUUGCCUACAUGGAGCAAUAAUGUGGACUGUGGGGUGUGAUUUCUAAAGUGCACUAACGUAUUACACCAGGGUCAGCAACCUUUCAGAAGUGAUGUGCCGAGUCUUCAUUUAUUCACUCUGAUUUAAGGUUUUGCAUGCCGGUAAUACAUUUUAAUGUUUUUGGAAGGUCUCUUUCUAUAAGUCUAUAAUAUAUAACUGAACUAUUGUUGUAUGUAAAGUAAAUAAGUUUUUUUAAAUGUUUAAGAAGCUUAUUUUAUAAUUAAAUUAAGAGCCCCCCGGACCAGUGGCCAGGACCUGGGCAAUGUGAGUGCCGCUGAAAAUCAGCUCGCAUGCCACCUUCGGCACACAUGCCAUAAGUUGCCUUUCCCUGUAGUAUACAUGAAUUGGUCCAUGUAGACACGGCUGGCAUGCACAAAAAGUUCCCUAGUGCGCUAUGACAUAAUGCUGUUUGAAAGAGUACUGUAUUAAAGUUCACUAGGGAACAUUAUAAAGAAAUUAGCCAUUACAGUAUAUACAGUAUAUAUAAUAUACAAUUACUCAUUACAGUAUAUAUGCAGUAUACAGUAUAUAUAAUAUGCAUCACUCAUUGCAGUGUAUAUAAAGAGACAGCCCACAAAAAAAUCUACCCUGAUUUUUGGACAGCUACAUAAAACUAAAAAAAAAAAAAAAAAAAAAAAGGGGCUAAAAAUAACCCCAAAAUGAAAAA